AUGGAGGUGUUGUUUCACUCUGUUUAUCAAGAGGAGGAACCAUUGUUGUCCUCUGGUCAACAACAGUUGUGUAUCCCUCGUCAGCCAUUGAUAGGCUCUAGAGUUUCUCAACCCGUCCGAGGUUUGAUCUGUCUUCAGUUAAAUACUAAGUUUGUGAUUUGCAAUCCGGGUACGAAAAUGUUUCGGAAUUUACCGGAGAUCCAAGCGAAUGAAAGUAUGGGCCCGGAAGUAUACCGUCUAAGAAAUAUCAGGUUUGCACGGUGGGAUCCCGUGGAGAAACUUAGAGACGGAUCAAAUGCAAGCGUGAUCAUCAACCAUAUACUGAAGGACUAUUUAAAGGAGGGUGCCAUUAAAUUACCUAAGCAAAUUAACUUUACUCGUCGUGGUUGGGACGUGGUGAAUUACAAUGGGAAAAUUGCCGUAUCUAUUAUGGUUGACGAAGACACUGGACUUUUGAGAAUAUGGGCUCGAAAUGAAAUAGGAGUCUGGUUAAAAGAAGACAUUGUGGUUUCUCGUUGGAAAGAAACUACUGAAAAUAGGAGGUGGUUUCGUUUCAAAGGUACCAUUGGAACAAAAGAACUUGUUUUCGCACCAGACAGUUUUGUUGAUGAAGCACCCUCUGUGCUGUAUUACAAUACAGAAACGCAAAAACUCAGAAGGUUUAAGAUUGAACAGAUGUUUAAUGGUCCUCCACUGAUAGGUUCUGAUUAUGUUAGCACAUUCUUGGAUCAUGUUGAUAGUACUUGGCUUAUGUGA